CCUAACAAGCGCUCAUGCACCCGCGGGCGUGCCGGCCUGUUCAGUUCGUUCAAGUCGUCGAGUUUGCGCGCGCGUGCGGACCUCCGGUGGAAUACGGGAAUCGAGACGAUGGCCGACUACGAAUCUGACAGUGACGAAGGCGAAGCAGGACUCGGGAAUGUCACAAGAGUAAUCAUGAGGCCGGUUGGUCACAGUGGAAAAGCAAAAAAAGGACAUUUAUGUUUUGAUGCUUCGUUUGAAACUGGCAAUUUAGGCAGAAUCGAUUUGGUAUGCGAGUACGAGUACGAUCUUUUCAUACGACCGGACACCUGCAAUCCACGGCACAGAUUAUGGUUCAAUUUUGUCGUGGAAAAUACGAGACAGGAUCAAAACGUCAUAUUCAACAUAGUCAACAUCAGCAACAAGAACAAUCUGUUCAAAAACGGAAUGACUCCAAUAGUGAGGAGCACGAGCCGGAACGCAUGGUAUCGCAUACCAAUUUACAGAGUACACUACCAUCGAUCGGUGUACCACGACAACAAAUAUGUCUUGAGCAUACUGUUCUCGUUCGACAAGGAUGACGAUAGCUAUCAAUUCUCGUACUCGUAUCCGUAUUCGUACACCCGGUUUCAGAAUUAUCUGUCGCUGAUUGAGAAAAAGAAGCUGCCUUAUUUCAAACGCGAACUGCUGGGACAGUCGAUUCAAAACAAACGAUUGGACUUGGUCACGAUUACUAAUCCGAAAAACAUGAAACCAACCGAAAAAGUGCAUGUCGUCGUGAUACUGGGCAGAGUACACGGAUCUGAGACACCGAGCUCUUAUGUCUGCCAAGGAAUCAUCGAAUUUUUGAUAAGCAAUCAUCCGGCCGUAGUACGUCUUCGAAAAAAAGUUGUAUUCCAAUUAAUACCUAUGAUGAACCCCGACGGAGUCACUUUAGGAAAUUCAAGGACCAACCUGUUGGGAAUCGACUUGAACAGAGCUUGGCACAAGAUAUCGCAGUGGGUGCACCCGAUACUGUACGCCGUUCGCAAUCACUUGACGGACAUCGAGAAGAACGAGAACAUGGAACUCGAUCUGGUCAUCGACGUACACGCUCAUUCGUCCCUCCACGGCGUGUUUACGUACGGGAACGCGUACGACGACGUUUACAGGUAUGAAAAACAUAUUCUAUUUCCGAAACUGUUGGCGCAACACGUUGAAGGAUAUGAACAAUCGUACUCGCUGUGUAACAGAGAUAUAAAAAAAUGUGGCACAUCCCGGAGGUUUCUGUGUCAAUCGUUGAAGGACAACGUAAACUGCUACACGCUGUUCGUGUCGCAACACGGAUUCAAGAUAUCGCCGAAAACGUUGAUUCCGUUCACCGAAGAGUCGUUCUACACCAUCGGCAGAUGCGUGGUGCUCACGUGCUCGGACUAUUUCAAAUCGAAGGGCGUGCUGACGACGCAACCGGUCGCGGCGCCCCGGGGCGCGAAGAAGAAACGUCACCAAAAGCGGAAGAACGGGUUGUGCCUGGGGCAGCGCGAUGUGUACCCGAUGUUCAAGAGAAAGCUGAAGAAGAAGUCGCUGACGUUGAAACGGGUCGACAUCAAGGACUCGUUCCGCAACAUGAUGCUGUCGGGCGUGACGGCGCAGGACCGUCGCAGGACCGUCGAUUGGAGCACAAGGCCGAGCAUGCGAUUCGCGGACUGCGGCAAAAAGCCGGACGCGUCGGCAACGGCAGCGGCGACGGCGUCCGAAAACGAUCGCAGAGAAAACGCCGCCCACGCGUUUUCCGUCAUCAACGUAAACGACAUCAUACGAGACACGCACGCGUUGCGGCUCAACACCUAACCGCCACUCCUGCGAUUUCCGGUCAGUAAAGUUGCAUCCUGGUCUGCCAUUAGUUAAAUCCGACGCUGAAUCUAUUACGAGUAUAAAAUAAGUGUUUAUAAUCAGUAUUGUUCAAAUACAGGUUACUGCAGCCAUCACCAGUUGCAAUCAUUUUCGUGUUGGCUAUCCCGCAACAUGAUUUAUGCGUUAUAAAAUGUAUAUUGUUCAUAUUCCUGAUCAUUUUUACGUAAGUAACGUCCGCCUAUUCGAGUAGGCAUUGUGCUGAAGCGCUCGAUUUUUUUUUCAAUUUUCGUUUACUACGUGAACCUUUUUUAAAUGUUUCUUAUUUGAUUUUACCACAAGAUAAUAUUAUUUGAAGCACGUUUUCGCGAGAGGAAUAUUAUAUAAGCCGGAUCUUUGUAAAAUAUAAACAACAUUAAAAAAUCGUUAAAACCAAAUCUU